AUGGAGGAACAGAACACCUUCAUGGACGACGAGUGGGCGUCGCUCUUACUCGAUUCAUCAGCCGUGCCUCUCGCGGACAUCGAUAUUUCAGCUUUCGCCAACCUUUCAAGCGAUAUGCUAGACCCGUUCCGCGACGACACUACCAUACCGCAGGACGAAGCAGGAGCAGCAGUCGACGUGGAACUCGGAAACCGGCCGUUCAGCGAACCGUUUCCGUUAAACACAACCGACUCGCUUUUCUGCGAUGAAGGUGGAGAUAUUCGCACGGCCGGUGGAUCUAUGCUAGUAGUCGACACACCUCCUAGCGGCCGGUCGUCACCCGAGCCGUUAGCUUCCGUCAACGAUCACGGCCUGCCGUAUCUGGUGCAAGGAGGUAGCCAUGGCGCUGACGGCAGCAGCGACGGCGACUGUGCCAGCGGUGAUUGUAGAAGCGGUGAUUCUGGAAGCGGUGGCUGUAAGGAAGGCAGCAGCCAGAUUGGGAGUCCGUGGCAUCAGUCAAGUGUCAUGUCAGCAGAUCCGUAUGCUGCUGCUGCUGCUGCUGCUGCUGCUGCUGUAGCUCCGUCGUGUGCCGCUACCCCUCCGUCGACUACAGGCGGGCUGUUAAGCAACGGCGGUGUAUACGCCGGAAUUUUUUCGCCGUCUCAGUUUCCUGAGAGUACGGUGAAGCAGGAGACGGGUUUUUGUCAGCAACAGCAGCACGUGGGGGGCCCAUUCGCUAUGCAAAGUGUUCCAAUACAGGGUGUGCUUUUUCCGGGGUCUGUGAGUUCGUGUUUCCAGCAACAGCAACAGCAGCAGCAGCAGCAGUAUCGCUUGCAGAAGCAGCAGCAGCGCCGGCAGCAGCGGCAGCAGAAGCAGUUACAGAAGCAGCAGCAGCAGCAGCAGCAGCAGCAACAGCAGAAGCAGCAGCAGCAGCAGCAAGGGAAUACAGCAUGGGUGGGUGGUGAAUUGGUGGGUUGCCAUCCCACUCCAUGCUCGAAUCCGAUUCUCCCCCUACCCACGACUACACCAGCUUCCUUCCAAAAUUUCACGCCACAGGAUGCUGCCACGUGUACGGUUGCAAACGGCGGCCUUUUCCCUGGAAACGCAAGUUCUGGCGCUGAGAACGCUCAGAAGGAGUGCGAAAGCGGGGGAGUAGAGGCGCGGGGUUCGGUUGCUGGUGGCGGGAGUGGAGCUGCCGUUGCGGCGGAAGAUGAGUGCAGCGAACCGAGUGAGGGGGAUGAGGGCGGGGAGGGCGGAGAGGGAGAGGGAGAGGGGGAGGGGGAGGGGAGGGAUCCGGAGACGGAGAAGCGCGAGGCCAGGCUGAUUAGAAACCGGGAGAGUGCGCAAUUGUCGCGACAAAGGAAGAAGUACUACAUGGACGAGCUGGAGGCGCAGAUCCGCACCAUGUCCGCGGCGGUGGCGGAGCUCAACUCCGCCGUCGCGCAUCUCACCGCGGAGAACGCACCCGCUCUCGCGCUCGCCAUGUUCGGUUUCCUCCUCAUCCUCUGCCCCUUCCUGCCGCCCAACGGCGAACUGACACGUGGCGUGGCGCCGGCGUAUUCAGGCUGGCAGGACAGCGUUAUGAGCUGGCAGGGCAGCGGGACCGGUAGCUGGGAGCAGAUGGGCGGGGCGUGGCGCGACGGAUGGCGUUGGUGGGGCGGUGGCGCUCGGAGGAGCGAGGGGAGGGGAGGGGUGGCACAGGGGGGAGAGUGGGGGGGAGGGUUGGGAGGGGGUGGGGUGUUGAGGCCCGGAGGACGGGUGCUGCUAGGUCUGGGGGAGGAGGAGGAGGGCGGGCAAGGGGGGGGGCAUGCAGUGGGAGGGGACGGACUGGGCGUGUGGUGGAGGGGCAGGGGAAAUGGCAGCAUGAGCGGUUCAGUAGCGCAGCAGCAGCAGGGUCGUGCUCUGCACGCGUCUUCUCUGCACUCCUCUUCUCUUGACGCAUCUGCUUUAAACCUGGUGUGGAGUGACAGAGUGGUGGCAGGCGCUCGCGUGGAGCAGCAUGCGGCUGACAGGCAGCAGCAGCGCUUCCCCGCCUUCGCAGCGGUGUCGGUGCCCAACCUCACAGCCGGCAGGGCUGCAGCAGGCAGGGUUAGAGAAGGCAGGGAUGCAACAGACAGAGCCACAGCAGGCGUAGCUUUUGCUGCGGACUCGCGGGCUGCUCAUAGUGGCGCUGCUGCUGGGGGGGAUAGCAGCCCAAGGGCAAGGAACAGCGUGAGCAGCAGCAGCAGCAGCAGUGGUGGUGGUGGAGUGGGCGGGGCGGCAGGCAAGGCCAUUGUGCCGUGGCGCCAGUGGUCACCUGCAGGCACGCUCCGAAGCCGGUCAGCAUGGGCUGGGAUAAGUGGCAGCGGUGGCAGCGCUGGUCAUUCGGGCAGCGGCAGUGGCAGUGGGAAUGGUGGCUCUGCUGGUGGUCUGGUUAGCGGUAGAGGAAGUGGUGGCAGUGCGUCUGCGGGGCUGAGAGCUGGGGUUAGCGCUGGUGAUCGUGUGGCGGGAGCGUUACCAGGAGCAGCAGCAGUGGAGAGUUCGUUGCCGUGGGAUCAGCAGCACUGGCAGCAGUGGCUGCUGCAGCACAGCUCAGGCCCUCUGUUCCACUCGCAUACAUGCACGGAGCUCUUCCGGUUCGACUCCCAUCCAACCCAGGGCGCACAGCAGGGAGAGGCACAGGAUGAAGCAGAGGCGUCUGCUGCACGUCCAGCGGGCAGCAGCAGUGGCAGCAGCAGCAGGAACCUGAGCAGCAGCAGCAGCAGGGUCAGUGGGGAGGCAAGCAAAGAGUCAUUCCCACCUGUGCCCGUGCCGGUGCUGUCUCGCCGCAUGUUCCUGCGGAGGCGGUAUUUGAACGAGCUGCCGGCGUCAAAGCAGGCCAUUCCUCUGCCCGACUCCAACCAGCCCAUUCCCCUCCUGCCUCCCACUCACGACACUGCCAGUUCUGGCAGCAACCCUGAUGGGUUUGUGAGUGAAGGAGGGAGGCGCAGCGGCGCCAGCAGCGGCGCCAGCAGCACGACGAGUGUUGAUGUGAGCAGCAGCUUGGAACACAACGCAAGUGCUGAAGGAGGUCCGAUUCGGUCGGUCCCGGUUGCAGUGCCUGGUCAGCAGCAACAGAGUGGGUUUCGCCAGCAGGGCGCGUUCGCACAGCCUGAACCGGUCGUAGUGUCGAUUCUCUCGGGCUUUGAUGCGGGCAGCAUGGAAAGUUUUUUCCAGAGUGGGACGAGGGGAUUUUCUGCAGGGUUUGCUGGGGCGGAUGGGGCUGGGGGGUCAGAGAGAGUGAAUGCAGGGCCGAUGGGCAAAGGUGGCGCGGAGGAGGAGGAGGUGCGGGGAGGGAUGGGUGGAAGUGUUGUGGUGAUGGUGACAAGUGGGGGAAAGAGUGUGGCGUAUGCUUGUGCUUUAGGUGGGUCUAAAGGGAGGAGCAAGGUCGGUGGGCUUGUACAGGCACGGUCCAGUUAG